AUGGGCUUGAGGAAAUCCGUCGCUAAGUUCGUUCAACGCAAGUUACAACCAGCCAAGGGCUGCGAUGAGUCCGAUGCCGUGGAGGAUGAAAUUACCCACCUGCGCGCAGACAUUGAAGAAAGAAUGCAAGACAGAAAUUUUCGAAUUAAUACGCACUUUACCUGGGUAGACAUGAACCGAAAUGAAAGGGAGAACUUUAGUGCACUCUUUAAGACGCGCUGUUGGCCAUUAAUAGACCUGGAGGAGGAAUUGUGGAAAGAGUUUAACGAGCUUUGGGCGAGGUAUUGGGAGACUGGGUCUGGAAUAAAGCAGCUCAUGGCGAAGAAUGGAUGCAACGGUGUGGAUGAUGCGUUGGAAAUUCAAUGCCAACGAUCAUCUAUAGUACUAUACUCAAGUAUUUCCCCUAAUAAGGAAAAUAAAAAAGGAGUGCUUGUAUAG